CUCUUUGAAAAUUCUCUCCACUAUAUGUCCCAUUACAAUUUUGAUGACUAUGAUAUAGAAGAAGUUAAUAACACGUCUUUUUCCCAUCUAUAAUUCAUGAAUUUUCCUCUUACAAAUUUCACUUCUACACAACUUCAUGGGAAACAGUAGUAGGUUUAUUCUUGCUCUUAUGGUGGUGAUGCUGUUGCAGAAUUCUGUGUUUUCCUUGUCAACGAAAUCAACAACAACCACCAUCAGCACCGACCGGCUGGCUCUUCUUUCGCUAAAAGCCCAUGUCAACAGUGAUCUCCUCGCAACCAAUUGGUCUUCUGCUACCUCUGUUUGCAAUUGGAUUGGUGUAUCUUGCGGAUUCCGACACCAAAGAGUCACUGCUCUGAAUCUUUUUGCCAUGAAUCUGUCUGGCACCUUACCACCCCACCUUGGAAAUCUGUCUUUCCUAGCUUGGCUCAACAUCGGAAACAACAGUUUUCAUGGUUCAUUACCCAUCGAAUUGGCAAAUUUGCGUAGGUUGAAAUCGAUAAGCUUCUCUAACAACAAUUUCAAUGGAGAAAUCCCAUCAUGGUUUGAUUCCUUCACUAAACUUCAGUACUUGUCUCUGGAUGGUAACAACUUCACAUGUGUUAUCCCAUCUUCUUUGUGCUCUUUGUCAAAACUAGAGAGUUUGGUCUUGUCUGAAAAUAAUCUGGAAGGUCAGAUUCCUGUGUCUAUUGGAAAUCUUUCAAGCGUGAAAAGUUUAUAUUUGAACAACAAUCAACUUUCAGGCUCCAUACCUUCCUCAAUUUUCAACAUAUCUUCAUUGCUAGAACUUAAUCUCAUCAGCAACCGGAUUUUUGGUUCCAUUCCACUCAAUAUUUCUUCCCUGAAAAGAAUUGGUUUUACAUUUAAUAAUCUCAGUGGUCAUCUCCCGUCUGAUAUGUUUGAUCAUCACAAGGGCUUUAUUUGACUAAGAACCAACUUUCUGGUAGAAUUCCAAUCAGUUUAUUCAAGUGCAAAGAGUUGGAAAUUUUAUCCUUAUCUUUCAAUCAUUUUGAAGGGACUAUACCUCGAGAAAUUGAAAAUUUGACUAUGCUUAAUAUUUUGUAUCUCGGCGACAACCAGCUCCAAGGUGAAAUUCCACAGCAGAUUGGUAAUCUAACACACUUGAAAAUG